AUGGAAUAUAAACACAAUUUAAGAUUUUUUUUUAUUUUCCGGCGAAUAUGCAUCUCAGCAACAAUAUUGCCCUUAAUUGAUUAUUGCUCUAUAGUAUUAUCAAAUUCUAUUUAUGAUAAUGACCAGAAACUUCAACGGUCUUUAAAUUCAGCUAUCCGAUUCAUAUUUAAUCUAAAGCGCGACAAACACAUCACACCUUAUAGACGUGAGCUGGGCUGGCUCUCUGUAAAAAGUCGUCGUAUUUACUAUAUAUCAUGCUAUUUCUAUAAAUUGUUAGAUAUAGGAAAACCAUGUUAUUUGCGUGAACUAUUCAUUGAGGAUCCUAAUCUGCGAAGAUCUGAAAGACUAGCAGCGAAAAGAAAUAAUAUUAGCUUCGUAAUGCCCUAUUUUUCGACCACACAAUACGAAUUGUCAUUUGUUGUAACUGUUAUUCGAUUGUGGGAGGAAUUGCCAGCAGAUAUAAUUGAUGAGUCAACUAGUAUAGAGAGCUUUAAAAAUAAGAUAUAUGAUCAUUUAUUUAAUCUGGACUUUUAA